AUGGAGAUACGUCAUCGAGGUUCCAUGUCAACGGAGGCCAGCGGGCCAGGCCCGGAUGCGAUCCCCUUGAAGCCGGACCUCCACGGAGUCCUACAGCACAGAUUGCGAAGUGUCUCGCAGGAGUCAGAUGAGCUUUUGAUGUACACUCCUACUGCCAUUCAGGGCACCCAGAUGCCAGAGCUUAUGCGCGAAACCUCGCCGAUCAAGGAGUCAAAGGUCGAAGGGGUGCCAUCGCUGAAGUCGAAAGUCAAAGAUCUGCAUGAUGAUCUUGAGAAUUGGGGGUACAACAACUACCCAGUAAUUACAGAUCAUUUUAACUUCCUGGUGUAUGGCAUCGAUCUGGCAGUGAGGAGCGUCAGGUGGUUCCAGUUCGGCUUUGCUGCAUGCUGGCUAGGCUUUCGCCUUUGCGUCUAUGCCAUAAUGUUGCUGCCUGCUUUUGUGCGGAUUAUGCUGACGUAUUAUCACGAUACUCGAAUCCAUCGGCGCAUCCGCUUCGGACCGGCAGAGCGCGAGUACCUUGACAUCUAUGUGCCCAAGGAGGCCACGAAGGAAGGUGCCAAAGUCCCGGUGGUCGUGGCCAUCAUGGGCGGUGCCUUCAUUAUCGGCCAUCGCGGCUACAAUGCUCAGCUGGGGCUGCGGCUGAUGGAUUUUGGCAUCAUUACCGUGGGCAUCGACUACCGGAAUUUCCCUCGAGGAUCCAUUCCAGAUAUGGUCGAAGAUGUCAGCCGGGGCGUGCGGUGGGUGUUCCAGAACAUUGAGCGCUAUGGUGGCGACACGUCUCAGGUCCUACUGAUGGGACAAAGUGCCGGUGCCCACCUGGCUGCCAUGCUCCUCUUGGAACAUUCAUUGCUUGAGGCAAAGCACCUGGCCAAAGGUGGGAAGGAUGAGGCUGACAAUUGGUCGGUGAAGGACUUGAAAGGGUUCUUGGGAAUUUCAGGACCUUACCAUCUGCAGAAGCUCGGACCUCACCUGGCAUCUCGCGGCUUGUAUCCAGGCAUCAUGAACCACAUGACGGGUGGUGACCUCCUGGGAUGUUCACCGGAAGCCUUGCUGCAGCAGGAGGACUGGAAGGCUUUGGGUGACAAAGCGGUAAACCUCUUGCCUCCAAUCCACCUCUUCCACGGCGACCGAGACAAGGCUGUCCCGGUCUGGUCUUCCGUGCAUUUCGCUGGUGCUCUAAAGGACGCCGGCGCCAAGAAAGCAGUACUCGACGUGCGCAAGGGCAUGACCCACACGUAUCCAGUGGUGGAGGGGCCGAUGAAGCGACACGAUCCACAGGUGGAGAUCAUUUUGCCGAUGCUCCUCGGACCCGGGGCUGAGAAGCGCCUGGAGACGACAGCGAAGCUCCCUCCCAUGGCAAAUCCCCGCAUCAUCGACGAGACAGAAACGCCAGUGUGGUUCAAGGACCCGGAUAAAUUCUCCCCGUGGACGUGGAGGAAGCAGCACAACUACUUCCUCGAUCGCGGUGCGAAAUUCAUGAUGGUGUACAAAACACCAACAAUUGUGAGCACCGAUUUGUUCGACUUGGAGAAGUACGGAUGCUUUCAAGUUCGUGGGUUCCAGGACACUGAAGGCAUCACCAGCUACAUUUCCCACGUUGUCAGAAGUGCAGUCGGCAUGCAGAAGGAGCACAUAAAGAAAUGGUGGAUACAUCCGCGGAUAGAGUUCAAUUCGCCGGUGUCACGAAUUGGAGUGCGUCUCCAGGACUUGACCACCGGUGAAUUGAGGUGGGACGCGAUUUACGACCUGGGCAAGGCCGCCUGGAAAGCGCGGAAUGCGACGGAGGAAUCGACAUGCCCAGAAGACGGGUGGCAUUUGUGCGAGGAUGAGGAACCGGUAGGCGGUGAACAUCCCUUCUUCGCACCAGAUUGGUGCCCGGGUCCGAAUGAUGGCAUGUCCCACAAGUAUCUUCUCACAGUCAGCAACCUUAGUUCGCGUGAUUCGCCUGAGCAGCCCUUGGUCGGAGAGGCCCAGAGCAUCCGGCGUCCAGUGGAGCUUUCAGUACCUUCGAUGUAG